AUGUCGGACAUCAGCGACGACGAGGGUGGCCUUUUUCGUACCCAUCUGGUACAGCAGACCAAGGUCAGCGGGAGUCCUUCCUUCCAGGCCGUGCUUGUCCAGUACAAUGAGGAAGAAUUGGUUAGUGUCCUUAGUCAUUGGCAAGGCGAUGGCCCGGGGAUUAAAAUCCGCGUCCACCCUGGCAACCAACUGGGGGUGGAAUCGUUCCUUGAGAUUCGACUUCUCAUUCGCUACAAUGUUUCCGAGACCACUGAGAUUGAGCUUAAUCUGCGUCAGUGUGUCCCAGACAGUGAGGAGCUGCAGGACGGCCAGACACAUGUGCCAGCUCUUCUUUAUGAUCAUCAUUCUGGUCUUCAAUCGGCUGUGGCACAACAAUCUGUCUGGCGAUUAGAUCUCGGUCUAUCCCAUCGGAGCUUCCACGCGUCGAACCUUUUCAAUCAUCGGACCUUUGGGACCCAGACUGCUUGCAUGAGUGCCAUCCGUUCCUACUUCCAGCAGGAGCAGAUCACGCUCUGCCUACUUGGCUUCGAGGUUCGUACUCUUAUGGGUGUGGUCUGGGCACGCAUGGGCAACGACCUGCAGAGUCCGCCCCUCAAUAGAUGGUACCCUAAGCACCCUAACCUUCACUCCAUCCAGGUUGGGGAAUACAUUGCUCCCGAACAGCGUCCCCUCGUUGAACGGAAGACCAAGAUUAGUUUCAACUCCCAUAGCGAGUACGUUACUACUCUUGGCUUUGGGUUGAUCUAUGAGCAUGAACAUCACGUCCAGAUGGUCCAGGCUAUUGAGGACGUUCCUAUUGAACUCCGUCUAAUUACUAUCCCGCGUGCCGGUAACCGUCGCUACCUGGGCUUCCUCUCUCUUCCAGCAGAGCAACAGCUGGACCUGCGCAACGGUGACGCAUUGAAGAUCAACUUCCAUUCGGAUCCCGAGGAAGCGGAUCCGGACUCAGACUGGCAUGCCACCGUCACUGACCCCAUGCCCGUUACCCCUCCCGGAAUGACGACCCUUUUUCUCACCCGCCGUUGGACGGCAGGGUCCGGGUGGCAUGAGCUUGAUGAUGGGCUUGAGCCCCAGCCAAUCCCUGUCGAGGAUCUGCGCGACAUACCUAGUGCUAUACGCACGAUCCAAGCCCAUGAACCCCAGAUGGUCCUUGUAAAGGUUCUCUACUCGGAUCAUCCUUUUCGCCGCCAGAUUUCGGCCUUGCGUGAAAUAGAACCCCACAGGCGACUAAGCAGACUACUCCACUCCAAUGACUUUUCCACCCUCCGACCAGUCAAUAUGUACGAGGGGGUGUCGGAUGGACAUCCCAACGCGCUGGUUACCUUCAAUGCAAAGCAGGAAGAGGCAUUCCGCGCACUCCGUUCCCUACCAAAUGGGGUGGGGCUCUUCCAAGGCCCGCCUGGCACCGGCAAAACCUUCUGGCUCAUGCAUGCCCUUCUUCCCAUUGUGACGCAAGUGCUAUCUCCUGAGAGAAAGUUUGAGCAGGUGAUGCUCAUUGGGCCCUCUAAUGAUGUUGUUGAUCACUUGGCUCAGACAAUGGACGCUAUCAUUCAGCAGCUGUGCCCCGGGCAGGACUUGCUAGUCACUCGCUCUGCCCGGCAACGCCCUCGCCCUACUGAUGCACGCCCUCCCAUUCUCGACCCAUCUGAUGAUGAGGACAACUUACUUGACGCCCUAGUUCUGGCCAAGCUGGUUGCUGAUUUCUAUGCUGCGGAAACGGCUCGGCCUGCUGGUGUAGCAGACCGCCGGGUGAAACAUGCUCAGCUGAGUCUUGGGCACCGGAUGCUCCAGCUCGCAGGCGUGAUACCUGAGCCCUGGUCUGAACCACAGGCAUAUGAGGAGUUCCACGAAUUCUUCCUGCAGUAUCAAGCCGGUUAUGACUUCGAUAAUGACGCACUGAAAACCUUCCGCAGCCGCACCCGUGAACUGCGUAAUCAUGUCCUUGCCCGGUCCAAUGUUGUUGUUGCAACUGCCUUUGCUGUUGGGGACACACCAGUCCGUGAGAAUGUUAAGCCUGCUGUGAUUGCUGUGGAUGAAGCUGCGCGCCUGACUGAACCUGAACUCUGGCCCAUGCUUGCCUGGUUUAACCCGCGUGCCAUUCUGCUAGUUGGGGACCAUCAGCAACUGCGGCCCUUUGUCUUCAGCCGUCGCAAUGAGAACCCUUUUCAAAGCCAGCUUGCGAUAUCCCUUUUCUCACGGCUCAAGCUCAAUGGUCUUAUGGAUGUCAUGUUCACCGAGCAGCAUCGCAUGGUGACCCAACUCUGUGAUUUGGUCAGUGGAGUAUUCUAUAACUCACAGCUUUCCACCGCCCAAUCUCUAGACUCCAGUGUUAGCCAGACCUCGACCAUGGUUUCCAACUACAACCGUCGAGUCCUCCGCAAGGCUGGCUCUCUAAUUUUCCUUGACGUGCCUGGGGCCAAAGAUCACUGCGAUUCCCGACAGCGCUCCCGGAUCAACCCCGACCUUGCUGCUGUGGUGUAUGCUCUCAUCUUGGACUUGCUUGCCAGAACUCCUGUCGCUCCUCAUCUGAUUACGGUCCUCACCCCGUAUCGCGGCCAGAUGCACCUCUACUACGACCUCUUCGGCUCCAACGACCAGCUGAAAGGAGUGCGCAUCCAUACCGUCGAUAGCUUUCAAGGAUGUGAGUCGCCAGUGGUUAUUUUUGACACCACUGCAAUGUCCCGCCUCCAGUUUUUGAGUGACCCUAAUCGGCUGAAUGUGGCCCUCAGCCGUGCGCGGGCAGGGUUGUACAUCGUGGGAGGCUGGGCUCAACUGGAACGACCCAACGCUAGUCCUGGUGAGCUACGGAAGAUUGCUUAUAUUGGCGAUGUUCUCCGUCAUCUUCGCAAAGCCAGAGCCCGCACCCCGAUACCUCAUAUUUGGCAGCCUGUGAUCCGUGGAGUCGUGGAUGGUCAGCUUGUCACUACUCAUACCAAUGGUAGUGACCCCAUGACCUCUACGGAUGUAACUGCUGCCGACCAAUGA